AUGUCCUCCCACGCGGACAUCCCUGCUGAGUUGGUAGCCGCGGCGUACGCCACGAGCGUCACUCCACUGGAUGCGCCCCUACAUCUCCUAUGUGCCUCUGACGACCUAGUUGAACUGGUCUUUGACAAGAUACCGCGAUGGGAAGAGCGGGGUUGGAUCGACGUCCUGCACUCCGAAUAUGUGCGGGCCCUCCUGAGUCGACUACGCCAACGCUGCGCAGUCACCUCUUUCGGUAAAAUUACUUCACCUGAGAACUGGAAAGCCCUUGACUCUGCACGACAAAUGGCGUCCGGCCCACUACAAAGUCAUCUCCUCUGCCUGGACCGGUUCGACCCUACGCGCGACCCCAGGUUCGACAUCUCUGGUGCACGGCUAUGCUCCAUGACCCAAGCCCUAGCCUACAAGGGUAUCAUCGAAUGGACCGCCACACCUGACCGCCCACCACAACCAAGAAUACCGCCGCUAUUCGCGCCCACCGUACUGAAGCUGGCCCCUACCAGACAGUGUACUUUGGGCCAGUCUCAGCCACAGCGACUUUAG